AUGUACGCCGCCGUGCGCCGUCGUGUCUCCGCGUUCUCGCUGAAGAAGACCAUCGCUUAUGGCCUGAAGACCCCCUCUCGGAGAGAGCUCGAUGCCUCUCGCCCGGCUCAUCGACAAUUCACGACCUUUCUGACGUCUAACCACCUCCGUUCACGACCUCGCUAUGCCCCGUCUCCAGCCGCUCUGCGCCAUAUGCACGUCCGCGCGCUCUCGUACUCGUCUAUCCCCAGAUUCGUGCUCCGGGCCUUCCGCGUCCCGAUUGCCACUGCGACGGUAGGUGCAGGUGGCGUCACAUACGCGAACUACAAGUUUGAAGAGUUCAGGAAGAAGUCUACGGACUGGAUCAAUAAUGUACAGGAUACCGCGACGGACUUGUUUGACACCGCAUCCGAAGCUGUCAAGUCGGCAAAGUCUCUCAUUCCGGACGUGAAGCUCCCUGAUUUCGAGACACCACAAUUCCUGAAGGAGCUAUUCUCAGGAGAGGGUGCCGGCGGCGAGGGUGGAGGAGAGGGUGGUAGGUCAGGGAGCUCCGGAAAGAAACAACCGGACGGGGAUGACGCCGCAGCGUUGGCUGCCAUGCUCGCUGCUACAACACUGUCUGCAUCGGACUCAAAGGCGAACAGUCAGGAUGACGGGGCGUCUCCCGAUGUACGACAGAACGGUCUCAUGCACCUCACAAGGAAGCUCAUCGAGAUCCGGAGCAUGCUGCUGAGCAUCGACCAAAGUGACGCUCUCAAACUCCCGAGUAUCGUAGUCAUUGGCAGUCAAAGCUCAGGCAAGAGCUCGGUCCUCGAGGCGAUUGUCGGGCAUGAGUUCCUUCCCAAAGGCAACAACAUGGUCACCCGUCGUCCCAUUGAGCUGACCCUCAUUCACACCCCCGGGAUCGCGGAGGAGUACGGGGAGUUCCCUGCUCUCGGCCUCGGCAAGAUCACGGACUUCUCUAACAUCCAGAAGACACUGACUGACCUCAACCUCGCGGUGCCCGCUUCAGAGGCCGUCUCCAAUGACCCCAUUGACCUACGGAUAUACAGUCCGCGUGUUCCGGACUUGACACUGAUCGACCUGCCGGGUUACAUCCAGAUCUCUUCCAUGGACCAGCCUGAGACGCUGAAGGAGAAGAUCGCAGGCCUAUGUGAGCGGUACAUCCGCGAGCCCAACAUCGUUUUGGCCGUCUGUGCGGCAGACGUCGACCUUGCCAACUCUCCUGCGCUGCGUGCGAGCAGGAAAGUGGACCCGCUUGGCCUGCGCACGAUUGGUGUCAUCACGAAGAUGGACCUGGUUCCCCCAGAGGCAGGCGCGGAGAUCCUCAGAGGCAACCGCUAUCCCCUCCACCUCGGAUAUGUCGGCGUCGUCUGUAAACCCCCUGGCAAGAAGCCGCGGAACGAGUCGACCGCGCUCGUCAUAAGACAAGCGGAGGCUGAGUUCUUCGGCUCACAUCGCGAGCAGUUCGGAAGCAAGUCGAAUGUCAUGACCGGCACAGACACGCUGCGACGCCGGCUUAUGGAAGUGCUCGAAUCGAGUAUGGCAUCGUCGUUGCACGGCAUCACGAAUGCAGUCCAGCUCGAGCUCGAGGAGGCGCAGUACCAGUUCAAGGUUCAGUACAACGACCGACGCAUCACCGCCGAGUCGUACGUCGCGGAGACGAUGGACGCGCUCAAGGCGCGCUUCCGCGAGUUCACGGGGCAGUUCCGCAAGGCGCACAUUCGCGCGAAGCUGAAGGCGAUGCUCGACGAGAAGGUGCUCAACGUGCUCGAGCAGCUCUACUGGUCAGACAAGCGCACGCCCGAGCUGUCCGCGAUCGCGGCGGACCCGAAGGUGAAGCCGGAGAGCAUCGAGCCGUACUGGCGCUACAAGCUCGAGGCCGCGUCGUCGCUGCUCACCAAGUCCGGCGUCGGGCGCGACGCGACGCUCCUCGUCGCGGACGGGCUCCGCGCGCUCAUCGACUCCAUCGCGGCGGGCGAGCCAUUCACGUACCACCCCCGCGCCGCGGAGCGGCUCAUCCAGUUCUCGCACAUGCUCCUGCGCGACCGCAUCGGGAUCACCGCAGACCAGGUGGAGAACUGCAUCAAACCGUACAAGUACGAGGUUGAGGUCGAGCCGCGCGAGUGGGAGCUCGGGCGCACGCAGGCGAUGGAGCUCUUCGAGAACGAGAUGCAGAUGUGCGAGGAGAAGCUGAAGGAGAUCAAAAAGCGCGUGGGCGGGAGCCGCCGCUUGACGGGCUUGAUGACGUAUGUGAAGGGGGUCGAGGAGAAGGAGAGCGAGAAGAGGAGGAAGCGGCUGAGCGGAGUGGAGGAAGAGGGCGAGGUGCAGGAUCUCAACGGAGACGACUACCGCUACCCACCAGGACAAGUCCUCGAUGCCCGACACGCCAUCCUCUGCUCUGACAGACUGAGCAUCCUCAAGCUCCGUCUUGCAGCGCUGAAGUCGAAGCGGUGCAAGAGCGGUCCCGAGAGUGAUGUCUUCUGCCCCGAGAUCUUCCUCAAUGCUAUCGCAGACAAGCUGGCUUACACGUCGUCGAUGUUCAUCAGCAUCGAGCUGCUCGACCACUUCUUCUAUCAAUUCCCUCGCGAGAUCGACUCUCGACUCCUCUAUGACCUCGAUCGCAGAGAGAUCAUCGAGUUCGCCCGCGAGAACCCGGCCGUGAGGCGGCAUCUCGAUCUUCAGGAGCGCAAAGACAAGCUCGAGGAAGUCAUGAAGCAGCUCAACAGCUUAGCCACUCUUCGGCCAGACGUCCAGCCCACGCCCCGUCGGUCUCGCGGCCUCUUCGGGAAUAUGUUCGAUUAG